AUGUUGGAGUCAUCUCUGCCAUUGAUGGAAAAUGGAAUCUAUACAAAGUUAUAUAUUAUGCCUAGAAGAUGUCAUACUAUCCUGAACUGGAACAAUAUACCAAUUUUCAAAGGGCAAACAUUGAAGCUUGGCAUGAAGUCUGCACCUUCCCCUAAAAAAAGUUCUCUCCAGAAAAGACAGGUUUGGAAAAUAGCCUUUGCUUUAGACACUGGUGGAAUUCCCAGUGGUGGACAAGAAGCCCAAGACCGCCUUGACGACGAUGCCAAGGGCCUGCGCGGGACCCGAUUGGGCCGGAUAGCGAGUGCAGGCGGGAAACAGCUGUUGGAGAAACUGAACGCGGCUAGAAAGAACUUUCCCAUGAAGGUAUUUCUAGUUCUACUGGGCUUCUACACGGCAAAUGCACUGGCUACGAUUCUAGGACAAACUGGCGACUGGGAUGUGCUUGUCGCAGGUGUCGUGGUUGCUGCCAUCGAGGGUAUUGGCAUGCUCAUGUACAGAAGAAGGAAGCGCCCAUCUCUAACUACCGGGAGGUUGCAGUCUUUGGUGGCGAUGAUAAACUAUUGGAAGGCUGGUGUUUGCCUUGGCCUCUUUGUAGAUGCUUUCAAAUUAGGUAGCUAAUUUAUCCUCCUCCGGGGACAUUUCUCUUACCUUUCAUCCUUUAUUCUCUCGGAGGUCUUGUCAGAAAGAAGGUUUUCUCCUGCCAUUCAUUUUGUUGUGAGCUUAGAGCAGAUGAGCAGUCGCUUAUGGUAGUCUUAGUUUGAAGGUUAUGCUAGUGUACCCAUCCCCAGAGGGAGUCGGCAGGGCUGAUAAAUGAGCCGGGCAAAUCCAGCCUUCAGUUAUUCAAGUUUGGUUUGAAAUUUGAGCUAGCUUCAAAAGUAUGUAUAAACUUGAAUUGUUUAUCAGGUGAAGUCGAUCUUAAACAAGUUUAAAUCAAA